AGGCUGGGCGUGCGGCGUCACGGCGACGGCCCCGAGCCGCGCCCCGGCACAGGCGGCGAGCGGAGCGCAGCGGAGCUGAGCGGAGCGCAGCGGGCGCGGCGCAGCGGGAUCGGCCGGCGAGGCGGCGGCGGCGCGCGGUCGGCGGGGAGCGGAGGCGCUGUCCGUGAAGAAAAGUUUCUUAAAAGCAUGCUUCGUAUAUCAGGAGGAAGCAAAAAAGUCAGUACCGCCACGUCUCUGUCAAGGAUGAGCUGCAGACACUUGUAUUGAGGGUGAUUUAUCUCUUGCAUCAUGCGUGAAUACAAGCUAGUGGUUCUUGGUUCUGGAGGUGUUGGAAAGUCUGCUCUGACUGUACAGUUUGUUCAAGGAAUAUUUGUUGAAAAAUACGAUCCUACGAUAGAAGACUCCUACAGAAAGCAAGUUGAAGUAGAUGCACAACAGUGUAUGCUUGAAAUCUUAGAUACUGCAGGAACGGAACAGUUUACAGCCAUGAGAGAUCUAUACAUGAAAAAUGGACAAGGUUUUGCAUUAGUAUAUUCCAUCACAGCUCAGUCUACAUUUAAUGAUUUACAGGAUCUAAGAGAACAGAUUCUUCGAGUCAAAGACACUGAUGAUGUGCCUAUGAUUCUGGUUGGCAAUAAGUGUGACUUGGAAGAUGAAAGAGUUGUGGGAAAGGAACAAGGUCAGAACCUAGCAAGGCAAUGGAAUAACUGUGCAUUCUUAGAGUCUUCUGCAAAAUCAAAGAUAAAUGUUAACGAGAUCUUUUAUGACCUUGUGCGACAAAUUAACAGAAAAACUCCAGUGCCUGGAAAAGCACGCAAAAAGUCAUCAUGUCAGCUACUUUAAUGCAUAGCUGUACUGUAGCUCUGAGCCAGGUCUGAAGAACUGUUGCCCAAUUCAACAGUGCCAGCAUUCCAACUUUAUUAAACCUACCAACAUCUUAAAUGGACUUUCCUGUGGUGGUACCCUUUAAGAAAUGGAUGAAAGCUACAUCAGUUUGCACAUUCUAUCACUUUCCAGUGUCAUGAGAGAUUUUUACUUCUAAAUAUUCUGUGUAUGCAACUGGUAAAACCAGAGCCUACAUCCAGUAUUACUGAUAAGAGACAUUGUUCAUCCACCAAUGUUGUACAUGUAUGAAAACUGUGUACUGUAUACUUCAACAAUCCCCACUUUCUAUUGGAGAGUACAAUAAUGUAAAUCCUAAAAGCACCACUAUUUUAGCAUAAUAAAAGAAAGUCCAAAGAGCUCCUAUAUAGACUACUCCAGAUAACUUUGCUUCAUCGGUAUUUGUAGCUUAUUGUAACUUUUUUAAAGAAAUACAGGAUCAUCAUCAUCAUCAUCAUCGUAUUGUACAAAAGCGCUUUGAUUAACACAACGGCUAUAUAGUUUUUUAAUUUUAGGAAAAACCUGUGGAGACAGUGACCUAGUCUUUAAGAGUCCUUUCAGUAUAACGUCUGACUAAAGACAUGGCCUUUAAUAUCUGUUGGGAAGGAAAUGUCCAGACUUUUCAACCUUUUAUUGUAUGUUUCCUUUUCCUUGUUUACAUAGGGAACAAUGUUUAUAGUUGUGUGUACAGUGGGGGUCUACAACAAGUGUAUAUUUUAAAACAAUUUUUUAAUGAUUUAACAAUUUUUUGUAAAUCAUUUUUGGGCUUCUGCAGCUGUAGAUUCUCACUGUGAAUUCCCUUGCUUGCUCAUGCAUAAGUGUAUUUGCAAUACCAAAUAUACAGGUUUAGUACUUUUGCCUGUUAGUGAUUGUUUUACAUGUGUAACGUUUUGGUUGAGAUGUUAAAUGGUGGAAGAGUACUGUGGAUGUGAAUGUGGGAAGUAAUUUUAAUCAUGUGUAAUUGGUCACAGGGCCUAAGUUGCAGUAAUUAACUUUUGCUGAUUUAUUUAACAAUGCCUUGUUGCUUUGUAUGCAUUAACGUUUGGGUGUAAAGAUUGUGUGUAUAUCCAACAGGGAGCCACAGUAUUUAAAUUGACCAACCUGAUGUUACAACUGCUUGGAGGUGGCCAAAUGUAAACUAAAAGCCUUAAUUAAAGUGGUGCAAUUUUGUAUGACUUAGCAUCAGUAGUUCAAUAAAUUUGGAUUGCCAUGCAAGGGCUUGCAUUACAGUUAUACUACUUGAAUGUUUUGUGUUUUAGUAGUGCUAGUAAAUACUGAUUUUUAAAUCUCUUGCACAGUGCAGAUUCAUACAUCUUAAGAUGAAGAGGAGACCCUAUGUCUUUGUUUUCUGACAAAUACAUGCCAUAGAUAUUUCUUGUAAUAGUAUCCCAUGUUUUACUGUGAAUGAAUUUCUGACUGACUGAAAUUCCACUUAUUUCUGAACUUGGAAUAUGCCAAGCUCUAACAAAAGGAAACAUCUAACCAAAAAAAAAAUUGUCUUUAAAGGUUACACCAUCAUUGGCUGUUUUGGAUACUUGAAAAUAUUUUGCCUGUUAUUUUCCUCCUUUCCAGGGAGAAUUAAUGGUUUAAAUUAACUUAGUCCAGCAAAAAAAAAAUUAUCUUGGGAGACAGAAUGAUUUUUCUGUAUGAUAUCUGCAGGAACAAAACCUUAUUUGUUUGGUUUUAAAGAAAUCUGCACAAGAGCAUUCUUGCAGUAUGGAGUGUAGAAUUUUGUCAACUUGAAAUCCCUGGUAAUAGUGUUGGACUGAGAAGUGGAAUGCAUGGACUGUAGAUGAUUUCCUGAUCUUGGCCGUGCUGCUGGAAAUUAUUGUCACACCCAAAUCCUUGGUACCUCCUGUUUCUCUGGCACAGAAUUAUCAGAGAGCUUGUUCUAAUUCAUUCCUGCAAAUUUCAUCAGAUUAGGUUAGCUAAUACUGGUAAGCUUUGAGAUAGUUUAGGUUGCCCAAAGUGAAUUAAGAAGCCCAGCUGAUCCUUCCUGCUGGUAGUUUCAUCAGUCAUCACCAUUGUUUAUUGUAGGUAAUAUGCUUCUACUGUGCAGAGACAGACUUAAGAUUGAAUUUCUUUUUCAUUUAUCAUUAAAAAUCUUAAGAUGCGAUAAUCCCCAUCCUGCUUGGUCCCCAGAGUAAAGGAGACUGGAGCACUAGAUGCCCUAGUUCUUUUUUCACGAGGUACUUACCUUCUUUGGUGAGCUAAUCAGAAAUUUUCUUCCCUUUAUUUCCAACCUCUGCUUAUUCAGGGCUUGUAACACUUUAUUGUCCCGGCUGUCCUUUUAUUGUUUUUUUUUAAUGUGUUUCUUUUCCAGGCAGCUGUAGAGAUGGCAUUGGGUGGGAGUAAGAGAAAAUUCUUUUGAGAACAUCAUAGAAGGGGCCUUGAUCUGGUCUUGGUGUCUAGCCAAAGAAUACUAUUGAUAGGGAAGAUCAGGCUUUGUCCUGGAAAGCCUCUCUACUGAAGCAUUCUUGUUGGUUCUCUUCUUCAGCAUUAGAGGUAUUCAGUUGGAUCAAACCCUUAAGGAAGUAAAAUUUUCAGAACCUCUAGGCUUUAACAUCUAAAGAUUGGGCUAAAGAAGGGAAAUAUGUUCCCCUAUCCCCUGUAUUUCGAACUUAUGUCAGAUGUGUAAAGCCAGCACAUUGUAACCCAGGUAACACCUAAACCCCAGUAUUCUUGAAAGUUUUGGCAAGCUUCAAGGGAGCAGUGUCCCAGUUGUUAAAGGGAAGAUGCUUGACAAAAUGUUGCUAAUGAAAUUAUGAAGUGUACAGAAAAACACAUUCUCUUCAUGUUUAAAUUGUGGUGUGAAAAGCUGUUCCCACUGAGGAAGUGAGCACCCAGUUCCCUGUGGGAAUUGGAACUAUGCAAGCAGUUACAAAUUGUAGAAAAGAAUCCUCUCUGCUGACAUUUUUGAGCAAACUGUUACGUAUCUUCAAGACAAUUCCAUUAUGUACCAAUGCUUAAGAAGUUCACUUGUUAAGAACUACUUGUACUGAAACACUUCUCCUAAAGCUUUGGAUGAAAACAUGCAUGACUCACAUUUUGCAGGCAUUUUUGCAAAUGUGGUGUUAAUUCAAAUGUGUAACUGCUUGUAAAGUUAGCUUAUGCUUACAGUGCACACUGCUGUAUUUCCUCUCUAAUCUGAAACUGAUGUAUGUCAGUAUUUAAAGUCUGAGCCUUCUGUGGAAAAAGUAGUAUUUAUGUCCUGAAAUACAGAAGUAUUAUUUAAUGGAAUUGCACUCUUCAUAUUAGGACUCUUUCCUUGCAAUAUAAAUUUCUCUUAUAUCUUACCUUAUCCUAGUGCCCUUUUUCAUUCUCAAAUUAUUCUGUGAAAUGAAUGUUAGUUGUCUAAUUUAGAAGACUAUUUGGAGACAUUGCAAUAUGUUUUCAGAUGUCCAAAUGAAUUAAGUGUAAGUUCAAACUGCUACUGAUCUCCUACAUAAGAGACUUAAAUUCUGGAAAAGUAUUGUGGAGUUAGACAUUACAGUUCUUUCAUAAGACAGACUGAUUCUGUCAUGCUAGAAAUGAAAGGUGGCAGGAGUUUGAAAUUUGGAUUAAAUGUUUUAAGUAAAAUUGCCAUUUUCUUACAGGUCAACAGUAAAGAUGAGAAUUUUUCUUUUAAAAUGGUGUCAACAAACUGGAUGAAUCAACCAUAAUGAAUUUUUUUCCCAAGUUUUCUAAUUUUUGCCAGUUUUGAAAAGAGCUUAGUUGGGAAGAAGUUUGGCCACAAUAAUGUACUAGUUCUAGACUUCAGUUUAGACAUAUCAGCAGUAGAAAGUUACACUAGAUGUGCAUGGUCAAAAAUAGUCUAUGUACAGCUAUGUAGCACUUUUUAAAUUGUAAUCUGAUGAUGUGGCCAAGUGUAGACAAAAAGCUUUUUGUUCAAUUUUAUACUGCUGUCCCAACAGCAUUAGGAUAUAUUUCAAUUCAUUGCUUUUAUUUUGCCUGUGUGUGGGGAGGAGAAUAAUGACAAAUAAAAAGUUGAUUAGUAUAUAACAAAAUGCAGUUUUAAGUUGUUCUCUAAGGUAGCAUCAGAGUUAUUAAAUUAGGUUUUUAUUUCUGAAUCUCAAGCAUGUUAUGCUUUUCUUUCAAAAGCUUAUGCAUAACUUGAAGAUUUCUAAAACUUAUCUACAUUUUCCAUUUUAUAAAGUAACUCUGGAAUGAUACUUAUAUUUGUGGAAAACUUUACAUUCUGAGUCUUGAACUAAAAAACAAGCAUAGUUGUUUUGUAGUCUUAAUUUUGUUCACAAUAUUUCAAUAUCUGGGCUUCAAACAACGUAUAAAUGUGGAUUUUGCUGUGUUUUCUGUGUUUGGGGUUUUUGGGGGGUUGGUUGUUUGUUUUAAAUAACCUCCAGAACCAUUUAUUUUCAGAAGUUUGAGUCAUCAAGCAGAGAGUGACUUCAUGUUUUUAAAGAGUUGUUCUUUAGGGAGAGAUUUGUGAAUGGAUAAAAGAAUGUCUUUGCACUCCCACCGUGCUCACUGCUGUCUCAAGAGAUCCUAGUUCUGCCAAACAACAAGCGCUACAGCUUCAUUGUUUUAAGAAAGUUUACUACCACCAGGAUUUUUUUCUUUGAAGUUGUGACUGGGGUGAACUUCAUUUGAGAAUCAUUGUCUUUUCUAAUUAUUUCAUGUAAUGUCUUGUCUUUACUGUGAACUUGGAGGUGUGGGCCAUUUCUGCAGUCCUGAAUACUGAGUGAAAUCCUAGUGGACAUUACAGUUCCUUCUUUUGUCAGUAUACUUUACCUUUUCAUACCAUGUGGCAUUUUAACCUUCCAGAUCUAAUAGGGAGGGCUCCGUAGCUUCACUCCCAUACUAAGUACAAAAAAAUCUCUACAUGUGAAAUUCCAGCUCUCAUCAACUGGGUUUACUGCUUGUAAUGCACCCAAUAGCAACAAAGACCCUUGGCAGUACUGUCAUGACUUUCAGACACAAAUAAAAUGAGCUACAAAUUUG